UCGAAAUCAUCAGUUUGAACGAGACAGCGAACGAUUUGAGAAGUGUUGUUUAAAAAGUGCUCUCAUCGCCCCUUUAAAAACUUAUAAAAAUAAAUUUGAAACUGAUAAUAAAACAAAAACAAGAAACAGAAAAUAGAAGAAUUUAAAAUCCAAUUUGCAUAAAAAUCAUCAUCUCACCAAAUUGAAAUUCCAAAACAAUAUAACCAAAAAAAUAACCAAGAAGAAUCCAAAAAUCUAAAAUCAACUUCCUGGCACCGUGCAAAACAAGUUUUGAAUUAAAUUUUGCUAACUUAACUAAACCCAAAAGCUAGAAAUAGAAACGAAACAACUCGUAGCCAUAUUGGAAUUAUAUUAAACAACAAAACUUAAUUGAAUUCCAUAAUUCCAUUCUUUAUACUUUAUACCCCUCUCCAUCAUACGUCGUCGUCUAUCGUCGUCGUGUUGCAAAAAAAGCAGAAAAGUGGGAAAACUCAGAAAAGAAAAUUCGAGUAGGUAAACUUUUCCAUCUCUGUGUCAAUACCAAUCAAUUGUGUAUUUUUCAAGUGUUCUGUUAACAAAUUGUGAAUUUAAAAAAUAUAUAAAGAAAUAAAUCGAGAAAAUAAAGUUUAUCUCGUUUGUUAAUUUCAAGAAGAGUUGUGUGUUAUUUUCCACUCCACAUUUUAUUCGCUCUCACGGUCACGUCACAUUCGUUCCUCCGUGAAUUGUGUGUGAGAUCAGCUUAUUGUUUUAUAAUUAAAAAAAACGUUCGUAUUAAAAAUUCAAUCAUCUUUUAGCAAAUUUUUCGCGAUAGAUGUUUCUCACGCAGAUUUUAGUCUCAAAAACUUAUUCAGCUUUCCAACACAGGUUCGGUAGCUUGUUAAUGUGCUAAAAGUUAAAUUUCAAAAAUAAAAAUCUUUUCUGCUUAACGUCGUCGAUAAAGAGAAAAGGACAUCAUUUAAAAAAAAAAGUAAUCACUCAAAAAAAAACAAAACAGAAAAAUAAUUGUAUAUAAUGUGGAACCAAAAUCAACUCAGUGAUAAGACAACAGCCAAGGAUGUUUUUGUUGCUGCUGAGACGACAACAACAAACAAUUUUGAUCAACAGAAGAAAACUGUUGUAGGAACACACUCGCAGCGACAUCUGCCGACGAGCGGCGCGGGCGACAACGGGAAGAACAACGGUCGUGGUGGUGGCGGUGUCAAUAAUUUGGGUCAUUGUGCCACCAGCAAGGACAAGGACAACUACACGAGCUGCAGUGAGGCAACCGAUUCGGGAUUUUUAUCUGGUCCACAGCUAUCUGAAGACUACGACAAUAGCUUUUCUUCUUCUUCUGCAACAGCCACCGGUGAGGGUGGAGAGAGCCAGCAGAAUAUAACUCGUGGUGGAGUUCAACUUAAUAUUGUUCACAAUAAACAACAAAAGAAACAAUCCUCUGCUGCUGCAAGCCAACAGAAUUACAUAGACUCAGGUUGCAUUGACGAGGAUUUUGAGGAGGACGACGAAGAAAUUGCUGCCGUCGUUGCAUCCGAACAGCAACAACAACAAGGACAUUUACAUUCUCGUCCUUCGAUCACAACAACAGCUGCUUCGCCACAACAACGUGGUUCAUCAUCGAAUAACCAACAGGAAGACGACGAUCAAAUGAUUUUGGAUAAAGGCGUAGAUUCUGGUGUAUCGGAGUGGUUCUGUAAACUAACUCUGAGGGAUCCAAAUCAAUCGGUGAAUAAUUUGGGAUCAUCGGAGAGGACAAACGCAGAUUCAACAAAUAACAGUAACAGUGGUGAUAUGGCUCCAUGGGAAAUUUACUAUCAACAAAAUAAUGAAGGCGAUACACAAUUGCACCUGGCAUGUAUAACUGGUCAUGUUGAAGUUGUUGCAGCUCUAAUACGUAUGGCACCACAUCCAUGUCUGUUUAAUAUACAAAAUGAUGAAGCACAAACUAGCCUUCAUUUGGCUGUUAUUUAUGGACAACCUAAGAUUUUAAGAAUGCUUUUAAUUGCAGGCGCUGAGCCAACAGCUCGGGAUCGUCAUGGCAAUACUCCUCUCCAUUUAGCCUGCAUUUCCGGCGAUACACAAUGCGUCAAAGCCCUUACAAUACCAAUCAGUGCAUCUGAAAUAAAUGAAGCCCAUCGUUCUUAUGGUCAUUUAAGUAGUGACAAAACAACAUCCUACCUCGAUUGCGCCCGUUUACCAGCUGAUUUGGAAAUUCGUAAUUAUGAUGGUGAAAGAUGUGUUCACUUGGCGGCACAAGGUGGUCACAUAGAUAUUCUGAGACAUUUGGUCUGGUUUGGAGCUGAUAUCAAUGCAAGAGAAGGCAAAUCAGGACGUACAUCAUUACAUAUUGCCAUUGAAUGUUGCAAUGAAGUAUUAGCAAAUUUCCUUCUCGAAGAAUGUUCAACAUUGAAUAUUGAAACUGAAACAUAUGCCGGUCUAACAGCUUACCAAGUUGCCUGCAUUCUUGACAAUCAAACUAUGCAAAAUCAUUUAGAAAAACGUGGGGCUGAGAUCCUAACACCUCCGGAUAGUGAUUAUGAUAGUAGCGACAUUGAAACAGAUCUAGACGAUUCGCAGAUGUACAGUCGAUUUGGAGAUCCACGUUAUUUUGCCCAAUAUAAUGGAGGAAAUCCAAUUAAUGUCGCAUAAAUUAUAAUGUUUUGUUUCAAUGACGUUAAACAAAAUUCUUCUUUCCGAAAAAGUGUCCAUAAACACAACACUCUCUCUCAAAAACAAUACAAACAUAAAAUAGAAAAAAAUAACAAAAGAAUUUAAAAUUUGUCUAAAACAAGUUUUUUAAUUCAACGAAUAUAUGUAUAAUUUUAGAAUCCAAAAUUUCGAAAAAAAAAUAUUAUUUUAAAUUUAAAAAACAAACAAAAAUUGUAUACCUAACAAGUAGUAUGGGAGCACAUCAGUAUUUAAAACUAACAACAAUCCAGACAAUUUCUCCAAAGGAAGAUUAUAUUCUUAAAUAAAAAUUAUAUACGCAGUUACCAGUUUAAAAAAAAAACAUAUAUAAAAUAUUAUAUUAUAUCUAAAAUGAACUUGUUUCUUAACUAAAAUGUAAAAUGUAAACAUUUCGAAUUUUUCGAUUAAAAACAAAAUAAAACAAAAAUAAAUAUCUCUACAUUUAUAUAAAUGGCGUGAAAAUGAUGUGUUCAACAAAAUUAAAAAAAAAAUAAAACAUUUUAUAAAUCAUGUAAGGUAUUUUGUAGUAAAUUAGAUUAUAAUAUUGAAUUAAACAAAUUUUAAGGAAAAAACAAAAAUGUCAAAUUAAUUGCCAAUACAAAAAUAUUGAUGUUGUAUUUUAAAAAUUUUGUUUAAAAUAAAUGCGAUUAAAGGAGAACACAAAAA